UUCAGUAUUGGAUUGUCAAGUAGAAGAGAAACGAAAAAAUUUUCACCAACUAGGACUUCAUCAGAUUAGCACAAAAAAAGUGUUAAAAUUGUUUAGAAAAUUAUAUAAAACUGUGAAAAGUCAAUAAGUAAACGUGCAAUAAUGAAUAUAUCAUAAAAAAAUAAAGAAUUUACGCCAGUGAAGGUAGUAAAAAAUUUGCAAAACCUGGUAGUGGGCAGAGUGCAAUAAAAAGAUAGUAAAGAGAAGGCAAAGAGCAAUCAGUAGUGCAGCGCCGAGCAAUAGUCAAAAAGGCAAUACGGUACAAGGCGAGCAAGUGAAAAAACGGAGGCAGUGCACGAAAGAGGUUAAAAAGAAAUCUGAAGAAGGAGUAUACGGAUAGCAAAGAAACGGAACUAAAAAUAGUGUGGAAAUAAACGAAACAUUAUUAAAAAUACAAUAAAACCCAAAUUACGCAGGCACAGUGAAUUUUAUAUACCAGAAAAAUAAAUUCACCCGUCGAAAUAAACCAUACAGAUAGAGAUAUAGCCUUUAUUUGGUAGUCUAGUGGCAAAUAUAUCUGCUCAAAUCUUGAGCAUUAAUAUCUUAAGAAGCAUAAGUGAAAGCAGUUUAAAAUAAAAAUAUGUCUUCGAAUAAUCAAUCAACCGUCAGUCAAGGUGUGAACCCGAAUCCAAAUUCCACGACGGCUUCUGCAAGUGGGGCAACAAGUGCCGUUUCGGAUCAACGCAAUGCUCCAACAGACACCCAGACUUCUGGAGGCAGCAGCAGUGGUACAACGGCUGCCGGUGGGCAAGCAGAUAGUCCAACACGCGUUGCGAAAACACCUGCUGUCAAUACAAAGGAACGUGUUAUUGACAAUGUUCCAUUUCCACCCAGCCACAAGUUAACUAUGGCAGAGGUGUUUGAUCUGCGAACUGGUAAACCAAACCAUGACAUACUAAAACAGCACUUCAUUCUUGAAGGUCGCAUAGAGGAGGCACCUGCAUUACGAAUAAUUCAAGAAGGCGCUGCAUUACUGCGCCAAGAGAAAACUAUGAUAGACAUUGAGGCGCCUGUGACUGUAUGCGGCGAUAUACAUGGACAGUUUUAUGACCUCAUGAAAUUAUUUGAAGUGGGGGGGUCGCCUGCCUCCACUAAAUACCUCUUCCUUGGCGACUAUGUGGAUCGAGGCUACUUUAGUAUUGAGUGUGUUUUGUACUUGUGGUCACUGAAAAUAACCUACCCGAAUACAUUAUUUUUGCUACGUGGCAAUCACGAAUGCCGUCACUUAACAGAGUAUUUCACCUUCAAGCAAGAAUGCAAGAUCAAGUACUCGGAACGUGUGUAUGAUGCAUGCAUGGAGGCUUUCGAUUGCUUACCGCUAGCAGCACUAAUGAACCAACAAUUUCUGUGUGUCCACGGUGGCUUGUCCCCGGAAAUUCACGAGCUAGAAGACAUACGCCGUUUGGAUAGAUUUAAAGAGCCACCAGCAUUCGGUCCAAUGUGCGAUCUUUUGUGGUCAGAUCCCUUAGAAGAUUUCGGCAAUGAGAAAAAUUCCGACUUCUAUUCGCAUAACUCAGUGCGUGGCUGCUCAUAUUUCUACAGCUAUGCAGCCUGCUGUGACUUCUUGCAAAAUAACAAUCUAUUAUCGAUUAUACGUGCACACGAGGCGCAGGACGCCGGCUAUCGUAUGUAUCGCAAAAGUCAAACCACUGGGUUCCCCUCAUUAAUUACCAUCUUCUCGGCACCGAAUUACUUGGAUGUGUACAACAACAAAGCGGCAGUACUGAAAUAUGAAAACAAUGUGAUGAAUAUAAGGCAGUUCAACUGCUCACCGCAUCCCUACUGGCUUCCGAAUUUCAUGGACGUAUUCACUUGGUCUUUGCCCUUCGUCGGCGAAAAAGUGACCGAGAUGUUGGUGAAUGUGUUGAAUAUUUGCUCGGACGAUGAACUUAUGACCGAAGAGAGUGAAGAGCCAUUAUCCGAUGAUGAGGCGGCGUUACGCAAAGAAGUCAUUCGAAAUAAAAUUCGUGCGAUUGGAAAAAUGGCACGCGUCUUCUCAGUGCUACGUGAAGAGUCUGAGUCGGUAUUGCAGUUGAAGGGAUUAACACCAACCGGUGCACUGCCACUUGGUGCACUCUCUGGUGGCAAACAGUCAUUGAAGAAUGCGAUGCAAGGCUUUUCGCCCAAUCACAAGAUCACUUCAUUCGCCGAAGCCAAAGGUCUGGACGCGGUGAACGAGCGUAUGCCGCCGCGAAGAGAUCAACCGCCAACACCCAGUGAAGAGCAUAUUAAUAGUCAAGGGGCAACAGCUGCGCAUAACGGGUAAUUAGUCUAAGGUGUGUAAGUAAAUGAAUAAUUCAUAUGGAAUUGUAGACGAGAUUUGACAAACGUGUAGAGCGAUGCAUAAAAAUUUGAAAAUUCAAUUCGUUCAAAUAUGGCACGCAUUAAAUUAACUAUGCAGCAUGUUAAAUACCGUUUAUUGAUUCAUUGAAGUUUAAAGAUUAUAAAUAUAAAAUAUAAAACAAGAAACAUAAAGGCAAGCACUUAUGCAAAGAAAAACAAAGUUUGGUUGUUGUAAAAAAGAAAUUACAUAUUUUGCCUUGUAUGUUGAGAGGAAAAUUACUUUUAUAAGUGAAAAAUGCC